ACCUCAACUCCUCCACACGACAUUUUCUUUAUUUACGAAUAUGAUGAUUAAAUCAUUGAGAUUGUCUUGACUGGCAGCAAUGCGGAAAAGUGGAUGGAUACCAGUGAAAGCUCAACCAUGAAAAUGGCAGCCUCCUGUGCACGUAAAACGACGUGGACUUACUCGUGAGUGCAUUAAGCAGUAAUUACAAAGAUUAGGGAAUUUUUGGAAAAUGAUGGAAGGAUUCUUGUUAGUUCUGCAUCUGCUGGUUGGAUGUAUGCUUGUCUCUGCUGUUGACAAAAAUAACUUUAAGACAUGCAGCCAGAGUAGUUUUUGCCAACGAAACCGAGACUUGAAGUCAGGUAACUCUCCCUAUGAAGCAUUGAUGGAUACCCUCAAGAUCUCGGACGAUCUCCUCCAACUUGUCGUCCUGAACUCGGCCACCGGGGGGAAGCUCCAACUGGAGCUGAUUGGCUUGGAUCAGAGCAUUGUCCGGCUACGGAUCAAAGAUCCUUUCAACAGACGAUAUGAGGUGCCGGACGUGGUGCAGCCGGAUCUACAGAAAAGCCGUUGGAAAGUUGUCCAGUCAAGUGGUUCAUUGGAGGCUAAGCUACCCCAAGACGUUACUGUCCGUUUGACACCCCACCCUCUCCGACUGGAUCUCUUGCAAAAAGACGAUGUCGUCAUCUCAGUCAACUCCAGGGGACUCAUGAACUACGAGCUACAAAGUGAAAAAAAGAGUCCCAGGUCACCAGAGCAAGAGGGCCUAGGAGCAGGUGAAGAGGAUCCAGAGGAACCAAACAAUUGGGAGGAGACAUUUAAGACGCACAAGGACAGCAGGCCUAAAGGUCCUACGUCAGUUGGCGUGGACUUCUGCUUUCCUGGGUUUGAUCAUGUGUACGGCAUACCAGAACAUGCGGACACCUUUGCUCUAAAGACCACUGUGAGCACCGACCCUUACCGUUUGUACAACCUGGAUGUGUUUGAGUACGAACUUUACAACCCAAUGGCAUUGUACGGCUCAGUACCAUACAUGUUGGCACACAAUUCUGAAAGGACAGUGGGUCUUCUGUGGCUAAAUGCGGCAGAAACGUGGAUUGACAUCAGCUCAAAUACUGCGGACAAGUCCAUGUUCAACAGGAUGCUAGACUUGGUCCGAGACACAGAGGUGCCUCAGGUAGACACCCACUGGUUCUCAGAGAGUGGUAUCCUAGAUGUCUUUUUCUUCAUGGGCCCUACAGCCGAGGAGGUCAUGUACCAGUAUGCCUUGGUUACCGGCAUGCCGCAGUUCCCACCGUUGUUUGCCAUUGCAUAUCAUCAGAGUCGCUGGAAUUACAAUGAUGAGGAUGACGUGAAAAGUGUGGAUGCCAAGUUUGACGAACACGACAUCCCCUGCGAUGUCAUCUGGCUUGAUAUCGAGCACACGGAUGGCAAAAGGUAUAUGACGUGGGACUCACACAAGUUUUCCCAUCCUGAGGAAAUGCAGAACCAAGUCGCAGCCAAGGGAAGAAAGAUGGUGACCAUUGUCGAUCCUCAUCUCAAGAAGGAUUCUGGAUUUCACUUGCACAAACAAGCCGUUGACAAUGGUUUCUUAGUAAAGACUCACGACAACAAUGAAUAUGAGGGUUGGUGUUGGCCAGGUUCGUCCAGUUAUCCCGACUUCACCCGGGCCGACACCCGUAACUGGUGGGCGGAGCAGCUGUCCCUGGAGAACUACAAGGGCUCUACACCCCACCUGUUCACGUGGAACGACAUGAACGAGCCGUCCGUGUUCAACGGUCCAGAGGUGACCAUGCACAAGGAUGCCAUUCACCAGGACGGUUGGGAACACAGGGACGUGCACAACUUGUAUGGCCUAUAUGUGCACAUGGCAACUGUUGAUGGUCAACAUCGAAGAUCCAAUGGGAAGGAGCGAUCAUUUGUCUUGUCCAGGGCUUUCUUCACAGGAAGCCAGAAAUAUGGUGCUAUUUGGACAGGUGAUAAUGAGGCGAGCUGGGAACAUCUCAAGAUCAGCAUGCCCAUGUUGCUCUCCAUCAGCAUAGCUGGUAUCCCGUUCAUAGGUGCCGAUGUUGGAGGUUUCUUCAAGAACCCCGAACCGGAAUUACUGACUAGAUGGUAUCAGGCUGCCGCCUUCCAACCCUUCUUCCGAGCACACGCCCAUCUGGACACCAAGCGCCGUGAGCCAUGGCUUCUCCCACCCAACAUGAUGGACGUUGUGAGGAUGGCAAUCCGCACGCGCUAUGCUUUGCUGCCCUACUGGUACACGGCGUUCUACAAGGCGUCCAAAACUGGCCAGCCUGUGAUGAGACCAAUGUGGCUGGCUUUUCCUGAUGAUCCCAAGACCUUCGCCAUGGAGGACCAGUUCAUGAUAGGUGAUUCCCUCCUCGUUGAGCCCGUUACCAGCAAAGGUGCCAGCUCUGUCAGUGUUUACUUUCCUGGACAAGAUACGAUUUGGUAUGACGUGAAAACAGCACAGAAAUACACUGGUCCCAGCACACAGACCAUCUAUGUGAAUCUUGAGAAGAUCCCAGUCUUCCAACGGGGCGGCACCAUCGUCCCUCGCAAGGAGAGAGUGCGCCGCUGCUCAUUCCUGGGCAUCGAGGAUCCCUACACGCUCAUUGUUGCCUUGGAUACCAAACAUCAGGCAUCUGGACAGCUCUACAUGGACGACGGCCAUUCUUUGGAUUUCAAGUCAGGGUUCUUUCAGUACAAGCACAUUAGCUUCCAAAACAACGUCAUUCAAUCAAGGUCUCUAGAUAUGAAUGCCAGGUACAAGACUAAAUCAUGGUUAGAGAGGGUGGUGGUAUUAGGAAUGGAGAAGUCGCCGAGUUCCAUCCAACUGUCUGGAGAUCUCAUAGAGACCCACAAUGUAGAAUUUAGCUUCAAUGAGGACAGCAAAGUACUGGUGAUCAGGAAACCAGAAGUCAACAUGGCUACCGACUGGGUCAUGACCCUCAGGCAAUAAAUGAGACAGUAUUUAUUCCGCCCGGUCCUUCAGUGAGUUCCACACAUAGUCUUGGUACACACUCCAAGUCCCAGUCCUGUGGGAGCAUCUAUAAACUUGUCACAUUUGGAACUUUACAGUGAGAACAUCAAUUUUCUACAGAAGUAACUAGACGCUGUCAUUCGUGGCCCGCUUCGUGAAAGUUAGUCAGAUCGCCAGAGGCACUUUUGAGUUUCAUUUUACCUCAGAAAGAGUAAACUGAGCUGUUUGUGUUGAUGUAUCACUCAGUUUGUCAUCCUGAUCAGAAUGGACAUCAUGUGAGUGACAGAUGUGGAUUCCUUUGUUUUACAUGGUGCAAGGUUCUUUUAAACGCCUUUAACUCGAUAGUUGCACUGGCCAGUUGUGACUCAUUUUCACUGAGCGGGUUACAUUUGAGAAGAGCUGCAGAAUGCCAGAGGUCGUCAAGUGGGAGUGGUGGUCUGUGAAGGCGGACACUUUCUGGAGAAUGAUCUUGGUGAGAUCGUGCUGGAAUAUGUGUUCUCCAUUCCCCAUUUGGCUCAUUGCUGCGUGGACGGGCACACUUCAAACUUUGAGGGGCUCUCUGAAACUGUGUCAGACUGCAUGACCAGCCCAACCACAGUAUGCCGAGAACCAUCCAGCUUCAUGUUAUGAUUCAUCAUAGUAUGCAAUGUACUAAUGCAUGUAUUUUACUCACACCACGAAGGAAACCCCCCAAAAUGCACGGUGAGCAUACUUGCAUUGUUCAGCACAUCAGCUGAAUUACAUUGCAGUUAGUGAACCGUGGACAGACUGAUUCAGGAGACUUGCUGUUGAUACAUAUCUAUUCUAGAGGCCAGUGCACACUUGCCGCAAAUGCGAAAACAGCAACCUGAAACUAUGACGUCAGGUUGAAUUUGUGAUUUCAACUCAUGCGAUUUUCACUUCGAAAAGUUUAACAAGGUUAAAUUUGAAUUCGCUUCGCUCCAUCUGAAGUGUGAAAGCUCAUCUUUUGAAUUAGACUGGGAACUCGUGAUGGGAUGGAAUGUAAUGGGUGUAAGGUUUUGGGUGCAGAGAUGUAGAACUGAUAAAGAAAAUUUAGAGCUUAAAAAGGGAACUCACAGAUUUACUAAAUUUGAAGUUGAGAAUGACCAACUCCCACUGGUAACACAAUACCAAAAAAAAAGCAUACAUUUCUCAAUGGGACCAUUUUAGUGUUCCAGAAGGAAGGUUGUAAACAGAUGAUGUGAAACUAGGACACAGAAAAACUCAAGACAGGAGAAACACAGAGUUUAGAAACUUGGCAAAUCAGUAUUGUUUGAUCAGGAAUAAUUAGCAGGCUGCAAAGGAAUUAAACUUAUCUUUGUUAUCAUUUUUCAGUGAAUAAUUUGUUCUGUCUUUUACAGUUAAGAGAGGCUUGCUGUAGCCACAGGAGUGAAAGAAUGUACCAAUUGCUCCCAAAGCCCUUUUGUUUCUCUGUCAGUCUUCAGGCAGGUUCUAAGACUAGUCUAUUUGUUAUUCCUUGAGGAAUAAAUAUGUACAUGGCCGGUCCUAGACAUUUGUUAACGAUGGGAUUAAGAGAAUAGAUUGCUGAUAAUGGCCUGAACCGAAGGUAAAGGACAUUACCAUAAUAAUUCAUAAAUACCCUUUGAGUCAGAAAGUCUAAAGAAGUAAAAAAAUUAACGUUCUAACGAUUUUGCUCAACAAUUUUACUUCAGUUUUUUUGAAACUUCUCUAGCGAUUUUAUGGUAUGUUCCUUUCCUAAGUAGUUGUAUACAAUCUUAUCGAGACUGGCACACAUCUUGCACGUUGUGCGUGAGGUAGUGCAGUAUGUGAUGGACCAAUGUAAUCUGAAUUGAGGAUUGUCACAAAUGCACACACAUGGGUAGUAUUGUGCAUAGUGAAGAUUGUAUUGGUAUAACCAAUAUAUAGGAAAAGGCACCAGAUUUCAUAGGAAUCUGAACUUUCACGUGAUAUCGGGAAAUGUUCCUGAUCACCUGGCGGUGCUUUGUGAACCAUUUAAGACCGGCCAUGUGACAGACUCUCGACCAAUAGGAAGGGCUCAAAUCAUCUUAGGUUUUCCUGAAUUGUUAUAGCAUGUGUGAUAUCAUUAAUGGGCUCCAUGCACAAGUGCAGCAUUUCUUUUUUGCAUUUUUUCCAACAGCCCACAAAAUGUUUGGCAAUGCAGCUAAUACCAAAAUCUUACAGUAAUAUUCAGGAGUGUAAAUAUUACUUGUUUGAUUUGAAACCAAUGUUAUCUCCUGUAACCCAGCAAGCUGUGUGUGCCCUUUAUGCACAUGACUUAAGAAUAGAAAAUCUGAAGCAAGCCUUUUGAUUGUUAACAAGAGUCGUCCCAAGGCGAGAUUCUGUGUACUUGGGAAUUUUGUAUGAGAGUAAUUAUGUUCAUUGUGAUUUAAUCAUUGUAAUCACUGUUAAGAUUUUGUAAAAAAUUUCAAUACAUUUUCUAUAAAUAUGGUGUACAUCUGGGUUUUUUUUCUUGGUUUGACUGGCAAGCUGUUAGACAUGCAGUGAAGUCUCGUUAGAAUUCAAUUACAAGUUGCCGGUUUCAGAAACCUGGCACGCAUCCAACUUUCAAUAUCAUAAGUACACACAAUUUUGUUUUCACAAAAACUUUGACAUUUUAUUUCCAUAGGAUAGAAUUUGUUUACAUGGGUUAUUGUAUGUCUCUGUUACAGAAAUCGUAAUAAAAUUUAAAACUGGA